AUGGCAACACUUACUGAUAUACCCACUCUUCCUACCAUCCCCGGCACACCUCUCAAAUCCAAAGCCGCUGAAACGAGGGCACUUUUUGCAGAACUUCCGCACCCCUCCACUGACCCCAUGAUUGCAACCCACGGCUUUGGUGAAGCCGAAGUCAAUCUCCUGCAUGGCGGCUUCACCACCAGUACAACUACCAUUUUGGAGGUUGAGCUCAACGUGGCCGACAGCCAACGCCGUUAUCAGCAAAAACACCACAAAAAGGACAUUAUUGUCAUUGAAGAAGAGCCCUGUGCAGCAACUAGGCCUGAAAGUUGCAUUCCGCCGCACCAUCCCAGACAUCCUCAUGCAGUAGAGGCUCCAACCGAAGGCAUCAAAGUCGUUGACGAGGAACCAGCGAAAUUAACUGUUCCCGUCACGUUCGAUGCCAUUCAAGAAGAAGCGACACGAACAAUUGUCGAGGAGGAGCCUUGUGCAGCAAGUGUACCUGAGUCGACCAUCCCGCCUCACCAUCCUAAACACCCGCACGCAGUGGAGUCGCCUCCAGAGGAUGAAAUUCAAGUAGUGGACGAAGAACCGGCCAAGCUUACCGUACCAGUUACUUUUGACGCUAUGGAACAAAGCGCAUAUACCAAGAUUGUUGAAGAAGAGCCCUGUGCCGCCACCGUCCCUCAAUCGACGAUUCCGCCCCAUCAUCCCAAAGAUCAUCCACAUGCGGUAGAAUCUCACGAAAAAGUCAAAGUCAUUGACGAGGAACCUGCAAAAUUAACUGUCCCAGUAACAUUUGAUGCAAUGGCGGAUUCGGCUGCCCCCAGUGCAGAACAUCACGGUGAUUCUGACCAAAACCGAACAGAGAGUAGGAAAAGAGGGAAAUGA